UAGAAUAUCUUCCCUGUACCUUUGAAAGGCAAACAAGUGGAAAAGGAACAGAACAGCUGAAGACAUACUCAUUACAGCAGUUUCCACCUGUACAUCAGGAUGCCUAGGGAAGGAGGACGGUCUCUCUCCAUGGGAAUUGUCGGUGUCGGGAUUUUAGCUUUGUCUGUUGUAUCAGCCGUGGCCGAAGUCAACUCUCCAGAAAUUCAAGGGCCCUGUGAUUCUCAAGGAUAUCCCGGACCUCCAGGGCCCCCCGGCCCCGUGGGGCCACCUGGCCCACGAGGGUUUUCAGGCUUUCCAGGACCAGUAGGGCUAACCGGGAUUCCAGGAAACACUGAGGAGUGUCUAUCCCCCGCCAAACCUGCCUUUGCAGUGAAGCGGAGUGAUCCCCUCCCAGCCCCCUCCCAGCCCACUGUCUUCAAGGAAGCCCUGCAUAACGACCAGGAGCACUUCAACCUCACCACGGGCGUGUUCACCUGCAGCGUCCCUGGCGUGUACCACUUUGGCUUUGACAUCGAGCUGUUCCAGCAUGCCCUGAAGUUAGGGCUCAUGAAGAAUGGCACCCAAGUCCUCGAGAAGGAAGCCAGGGCCGAGGAUAAUCAUAGGCAUGUUUCCGGAAAUGUCAUCUUGCAGCUGACCGUGGGAGACAGAGUCUGGCUGGAAUCCGAGCAAGACACAGCAGAGACUGAGAAAGGAUUGAUUCAAAGCGUGUUCUUCGGGUAUUUGCUCUACUGAAAUUACACUGGCUAAGGGAUAACGGCACACUUAAAUCCCUCAAGUGAUCCUAAAUUCUACAGAAUACUUCCCUUUCCCCUUAGAUAUUUUUAAGUGAGACCAUUGGAUGAAUACCAUUAAGAACGCCCCGUUCACCAAUGUGAAUGUAACCCAAAGAACAGUUAAAAUUUAUAAUCCAUUAACUGGUCAACAAUUUCUUAUUGAAAGUCCAUCGCAUUUCGUGUACUCUGCUAUAUCCUAGAAACUUCGGGGAAGGGGUAUGUCAGGAAAUAGUUACUGGUCGGAAGCUGCCUACUACUUGGAGGUGGGGGAAACAGGAAAGCCAUUAUUCCUUUCCUUGAUUAUGGCUGAACAUUUUUCACCAGAGGAGGUGAAGAAAAGGUCUUGAUCAUAGCUCCCAAUAAACAGAUAUUUACAGUGUGACAUGGAGAGGAGCAAGAGGAAAUAAAACUAUACGUAUUAAAUACAUACUUUUUCCAACC